AUACAACAUUGCCAGCCUGAGAUCUUCUAACAAACUUACUGAGUUGUUUUAAUGGAUUACUGAAGGCCGAGGUGUCAAAUCCCCUGCACAUCUGGACAUGAGAAUUGCCAUAAUUUAGUGGAAAUUAAAAGGAGAUUAACACCUGCAUUCAUCAUCGAGGGGAAACAAGUGGACGUAAUAUUUUUCUAGCGGUGUUUGGAGAUUUCUGGGAAGUUUGUGUUCCCCGGUCAGCGGAUAUCGUCGUAUUGGUCAGGGAGGAUGUCGUGGAGGUCAUCGCUGCAGCGCUCGGACACCGCCGUGCUCGUCACGUUGACCACGCUGACCACUUCCGGCUACAACUCUGGGAGACUCGAGCUCUCGUCUCGCGCUGUGACUUUGUGAAACGAGUGCCACCCACCCAGUGUGCUCUUCUGUGAGGAAGGAUAAUUCUCACUUUCUUCUCCACUCCCGAUGGACAACCACGGAGAGUUCUCCCCCCUUGACCGCUCGCGCCUGCUGGCUGCGGGAGGAGGCGGAGCCGACUCGGCGGGCGGGGCUGGGGGCGGUGCCGGUGGGAGUGGCUCUGGUGGUGCCGGGACACACCCACUGUCAGUCACUGAGCUGGCCUCGCGUGCAGCCACGCCCACAACUGUGAGCACGCUGGCCGGACCCUAUCACGGCCGGUUUGGCCUCCCGUCGGCUUUGCCAGCGGCAUGGCUCCCGGACACUUACCUCCCUUCUUGGAGCCCCCUCCCUCGUCCUCCUCCUCUUCCUCGUCCUCCUCCGCGGGAGGCUCAGCCCUCAGUCUGGUCAAACAGGAGCCCAAAGAACUCUCGUGCUCGGAGAAAGCGCGCCAGGCGGAGAGGCGCAAGUCGGAGGCGGAGCACCGGGCCAGAGAGCUCACACUGGCCGCGGCUCUGCCCUCCAGGACGGACCUGCCUCUGAAGGAACCGAAACUUUCACCGUCUUCUCUGUCAUCGCCGUCGUCGUCGUCGUCAUCAUCAGUCACGGCCCCGUCAGUGUCGCCGUCAUCAUCUUCCCACCGGAGGGGAGGGGACAAACGAGUCGGGGGCAGCAGUACGUCCCCAGGAUCUAGUGGCGCUCUGCACGGACAGAAGAGUAGUAGCGUACCCUCCUAUGUGGCCGCGUCAUCGGGCGUUCUGGUCGCUAGACAACCCUCAGAUGCGUCGAGGGCGAAGUGUAUGAGUCCGGGGGGUAAGAAUACCGCGGGGGCUUCGUCUUCCUCGUUGACCUCCUCCACGGCAUUGUCGUCAGGCAGCGCGACCGGCAGCCAGACUGGACAGCGGUCACCCAGAACCAAGUCCGGACCAGUGGAUUCGGGCAAGAAAGCGUCGAGGCCCGAGAAGUCCCUUACUGCCAGCACUUCCCUGUCUCCGAACCAAACCAGCCUGCGCUCCGGCUCAGCGCUGUCCGCCUCUGUGUCACCGUCUUCUGUCUCGGAGGUGUCGCUACACGUGGACGUGACACACAGCGCCGCCUCGGCCUCUCCCAGCCCCUCCACGUGGGAGGUACCUAGCGCCGUCCCCGCCCCCCUCGCCUCAGGCGACGCCUCUAUCGCGGUGGGCGGGGACUCGGCCGCUAUAGCGGGUGUGCCCACCCAGACGGCCCCGCCCGUGGCACUUGCGACGGUUCAACACGACGGGAUGCUUCUCUCCGCUCUGGCCUCCCCGUCCUCCGCCGCCGCCUCCUCCGCCCCGGCCAAACCGGCCACCAUCAAGCAACACACGGGCGGGAUGAGGUCAUCAACCUCCUCCUCCACCACCUCUCCCUCCUCAGCCCCUCUGGCUACAACAUCUGGAGGCGUGGCUGUGGGGGGAUCUUCUUCUUCUACUUCUUCACAACCCGAGACCAGGGAGUCUGAGACAGAGGUGGACACGACCCUCCCGUCAGUCAGUGGCCCCGGCCGUGUCGUUGGGGAGCGGAGGUCGUCAGCGGACACGCGGUGGUCGCCUGGCGACAGAGAACGCGCCUCCUUAGAGCGAGCAGCCAGCAGGAGCCGGGCGGGCAGUAGCGGAAGUUGCGAGAUUGUGGUGGAUUCCACGGAGAACGAGGAGGAGGAGCAGUCGCCCUUGCCUGGCCCAUGUGGCGAGGGGGGCGGAGAGCGGGCGGAGACGAGUCGCGCCAUUGAGGAGACGAUACGACGCGUGGCCUCGGCUGCUGAUACAGCAGAAGACAAUGAUCCCGACCUUCACCACCACCACCACCACCUCCCCCACAACAACAGCAGCAGUGGUACAUCUAAUCCAGGAGCUACUGCCAGCAGCGUCACUGCAACGUUGUCAGCCGUUGUCGUCACCUCAGUUGUGCCGAGCGCGGGCUCGGCGGUGACGUCAUCGCCUACUGUGGCCUCCAGCACGCGGACGGUGUACGCCAAGACCCAGCCAGUACCGUCUGUCUCUGCCACAGGUACAACCGGACCCAACGUGUCUCCACGUGGCGUGGCGUCGCAUGGUGUGGGUUCACGUGGUGUGUCAUCCGCUCUGCCGUACUACCACACGCUGUACUCCGUCCCCGCGGGCGCCAAGAAAGUCCACGCCACAACCUACGUGCCCGAGGUGGGCGUGUUCAAGGGGCCCAACAUCAAGGCCAUGGCUAAACAGGCUUCUGCUACCUCUUCCUCCUCCUCCUCCGUCUCUCCCGCCCCGUCUGUCAUGACGUCAUCCGUGUCUCCUUCGGGAGGACUCACCGUUUCUGUCACUCUCGGCGAUGGCCCGCCCAAAUCAGAGGCAAACCCCGCCUCAUUGUCCCCCAACCCCACGGAGCAUGGUGGCCCCGCCCUGUCAUGGCACCCGCCCGCCUCCGUUCACCUGUCCCCGCGCGAGCCUAAACCGUCAGUGGACUCUUCCCUCAGCCCUGUAGGGGGCGUCGCGGGCAAGUUCAACAGCAGCAACAGCGCUAUGACGUCACACGUGGCGGAGAUCUCGUCCAGCGACACGGCCGGCCGGAUGCGACCAGGGAGGCUCACCGGUCUAACCGGGGUCCCUUUGGAUGUUGAUUCGGGUGGAGACGAAGAUGACGACGAUAGCGACAGCGACGAGAGACACGAGCUCGUCAUUGAUGACGAGAGGGACUCACAGGAAAAGUCGAGGUCAAGGUCAACAAGCCCCGCCCACGCUAAGAGCAGGGAUGACAUUGCUGAGGCGUCUCUGAGGGUCAGCGACGAGAGAGGUAAGCAGACGGUUGAUUUAAAUCUGUGCCCGCCUACAGGGGCAGAGCCUCUGGGUCUGUCAGACUCGCUGGGCAGGAGAGAGGUGCUGGGGUCGUUGACCCGUCCGAGCGCCGUGGGGAAAAGUUCGCAACAAGCCAUAGACUACAGCUUGCCGCGAGAGGUGGCGCCCAAACACCGGCGCCAUGUCGGGUUGAGGACUAGUGCUCUUGGGAAACCCGACCCUGCGGACGCUAGGCAAGACGCCUCCAAGAGAAAUGUUAUGCCAUCGAGUGUUAACGUGUUGAAUUCUAAGCCUGGAAAUAGCAGCACGCCAGAGUCGGUGUCGGCAAAAGUCCACAGUGGUACCGUCAAGUCUGUUCCGGAUAGCAGCAAGGCAAUCACCACCAAAAUCAUGCUGCCAUCGCGGACCAAACCGUUGCCCAGGCCGGCAGAAGUGGGGAAACCCAGCCCGCGGAGGGCCGCUACCUCAAGCUCCGCCCAGACUUCUGCGCAGAAAAAGCGAACGCCGCACCCUAUGUCGUCGGGCGAUAUAACGUCAAAGAGUGUCGCAGACAAGGCCCGGAAGCGGCUACGUCUGCCAGAGGACGCCUCACCGUCUGGUUCCUCCUCCUCCUCCUCUUCUGCAGGCGCGCGCUGUGGGUCGGCUCCGCCUUCCGCCAUGCCGCUCGCCCCUAGCACCCCCACCAACACCUCGUCUCCCGCGCAUGUCGAGGCGGAAGGGACGGGGAUAGAGGGGAAGUCACUGGACUCAUCCAGCAGUCAUGGGCCAGGCCCCAACAUCCCUGUGGGCAUCGCCGUGGCACAGAUCCGGCCUCAGCUGGUGGAGGUCACCACAGAUUCAGCUGUGGGUGGAGAUGAUCCAAGUCGAGAUGGCAGUGUCCGCGGUCCUGUUGUGAGCGUGUCCAGUCCAGGCGGUCAUCCCACGGGCGGCGCCACUCUCCCCCCUAAUCUGGUCGUGGCAGUUCCGUCCCGCCCAGAUUUCGUGGAUCACGGCACGGUGUGGCCAGGUUCAGCGGCCAACUUUGCUCCUCCCACAGGGGCGGGGCAGCAGCCGUUCGCCUCGGGACUAGCCACGCCCACCAUCACCAUCAGUGGACCAGAGGGAAAGGAGGGGCGGGCUCAGGACCAGCAGAAGGCCAAGGAGAAAAGCAUUCCAGCCCAUGACCUUCUCCAGAGGGGCAGGACAAGUGUGCCACAUGAUGCCGGCAAGCCGAAGACACUGGCCCCUGUGUUGUCCAACAACGGUCCUGUCCACCUCAGCUCCCCAGCCACCACUGCCACAGUGGUGGUCAGUCCUAUGUCCAGCGCCAUCUCUGGCCUGCCGCGCCUGGUGUUCCGCCCGCCCCCCACCAGCGUGCAGUCUCGGGGCUGUUCCCCCAUCAUCUUUGAGGACGCCCCUACGUCGCCCUCGCCCUCUUCGUCGUCUGCAAACACCUCCUCCUCCUCACGAAAACGAAAGCUGUGUACGAUCGGCGUCCAGACGUGCGACUCGCUCCUCCCCGUCAUCAAGGCCGACACGAGCCUCCCCUCCCCACACAAACGCCUCCUCCUACACAAGGGCUCACAGACUCUACAGUCCCCCGGCGACAUCUCCGCCCUCAACCCGCUGUCUGUCCAGUGCCCUGACAUUGACGCGGCUGACCCCUUGAACGACAGACUGGAGGUCAAGGUCAGCGCGGACAAGUCGUCGUCGUACAACCCCUUCACGGACCCUCAGAUCCUGCAGGCGGCGGACGGCCUUGAACUUCUAAGCACGCUGGCGGAGAAGAGGCCCAAGUGCUCGUCGCUGGACGAUCCCAAGCGUAUCUUCCCUUCCCCCAGCGACUCUUUCAAGUCGGACUCGGCCAGUGUUGUAGCCAUGGAGGACACGCUCUCCCCGAGCGAGACGGAGCUCAAGAGUGGUCAGUGCACGCCCCGUCGGGACCCGCGUCGUGACCUUUCACCCAAAUGGACGCUGCCAAAGAAAGAGGUGACCUCUCUGCCAUUUGCAGACUUCAAGACCCCUCCAGGGAAGGCAAACCUAGCAAGCGAGGACCCGGCAGACCGCCUAAGAAAAAGAGUCCGGAGAAAAGAUCUGAUGAUGACAGUUCGAGCAGCUCAUCCAAGGUAAAGGACAAAGAAGCCCAGCAUCAACAGCAGAAGAAGAAACGUCCAGCAGAGGAGCUGGUGGACAGGGUCUUCCGCAAGCUACCGCCUGUGAAGCCAAACAAGGUGAGCCGCUCCAUCCACUACGUCAAGAGUAAGACAGGGCCGUUCUUCAAGAGGAAGCCAGCGUCUAGCUCGGCUAAGAAAAACAAAGAUCUGUUUGGUUACGACGAGAGCACCUGGCCUAGUUUCACUGAGGCUAAGCACAAGAAGAAGAGCAAAGAAGCCGGCUGGAAAGACCCCAGCAUGUCCAAACCGGCCCGGUCUGCAGACUAUGUGGAGAGGAGAGGCCGUCCCCCCAAGUCCAGGGCUCAGAAACCUCCGGUCACCACAGCUGCGGUCACAGUCAAGUCAGAACCCAGUACAGUGUCCUCUCAUGACUCAGGCCUGGGCAUGUUGGCCCGGUUUGCACUGACAUCCCCUCCCGCGGGUGCUCCCCCCUCUUCCUCCUCUACCUCAUCCCUCACAUCCCCCCUCACCUCCCCUCUCUCCGCCUCCCUCACCCCCUCACCCCUCAGUGCUGGAACCAGUGGCCUCACCACAAAUUUCCCUACCACUGCCACUACCAGCAGCAUCACCAGUAGCAGCAACAGCAGUAGCAGCAGCAGCAGCAACAAUAAUGCUUACAGCACCACCAGCGGCAUCUACAGCAACAGCAACAGCAUCAGCAGCACCGCCAGUGGUUACCACAGCAUCAUGUCGGGCACCCUUAGCGGCCCCUCCCACCCCCACCACCCGCACCCCCACCACCGCAGUGCUCCAGCCAUCACCUUUGGCUCCAGCUUCCUCACCACCACAGACUCAGACCACAUCAGCUUCAGCAGCACUAUCACCAGCAGCAACAACAGUAACAACAACAGCAACAGCAACAACGCGGUGGCGACUACCGUAGCUGCCUCGAAACACAACAGUAUAAGCUCCUCAUCGGCACCAAUGAACAGCCUGAGUGGCUUCACGAGCUCUCUCUCCUCACACGCCCCUUCCAACUUCACUGCCACCUCCUCCAGCUCUGCAGUUCCCAUGGCAACUGGCAGCUCGUUAGGAUCAGCAAGUAAGCUGGGACAGGACAAGCUGCCGUUGUCUUCAUCAUCGACUAGCAUGACAUCGUCCGCAGCCACCCUCGGGGAGGAGCCCUUGAGUAACGAGAACAGCACAAGCAAGAGGAAACAGGAUGAAGACUCUGACACAGACACUAGUGACAGUUCUCCCAACAAGAAGCGGAAGCCAGGAAGACCCAGGAAAAUCAACACCAACAAGACAUCCGGGGGCACAGAAACGAUCUGGGCCAAGAAGUCCAACAACCUGGGCAUGCUGCAGCUGUCGGAGACGGGCUCCUCCACCGAUGUCAGGACGGCAUUGGAGGUAGACACAAGCUCCUCACUAAAGCCACUGUUUGUGGACGAUGAGUGGAGCAGACGGCGCAGCGAGCGCAUCUUUCUCAGCGAGCCCAGCCCCCAGCCCUCCCCAUCCCUGUCCCCCCGAGGGGAACCCAUCUGGAAGCUGUCCAACUUCAUCCCCAAGAACACGAAGAAAGCCGCGGAGGCAAACAAAGCCAACAAAGACGCCAAACUAAAUAGCAAAGAUGUGAAGAUGGAGGCCUCGACAGCCGCUGUCUCUACACCAGACACCAAAACAUCCCAAGCCAAACCCACGUCUGUUCCUACCUCUGGGAAAGCCAAAGUGACAGUUGCAUCUAUUUCUGAGGAGUAUGUUAAAGAAAUCUCAGCAUCUCCUCGCUUGACUGCGUCUGUGAGUACGCCGGACACCUCAAUGGUCAAGAGUGAGCCAGGUCCUAGUGGACUAUCUUCAUCAUCUUCAUCAUCAGCCUCUGGAGGCUCCUCCUCCUCCCCCUCCAAGUCCACAGCCAAGAAGAAGAAAGUGAACAACACAGCCGCUAAAGCAGCGGGGAAAAAUCUGGGCAAAGGCAAGGGCAAGAAAGGUAAAGUCACAAAAUCUUCCUCUUCGUCAUCGGGACCGUCUGAGUCUUCAUCAGCGUCAUCAGUAGAGUCAACUAGUGCUUCCAAGGAAAGACGAGCGCAGGAGAACUCUAAGAUGAAGCUACAGAAAGCCAAAAGUUUACAUGACUUGACGCAGCGGGUGAAGAAGAAGUUCAAUAAACCAUCCAAGAAGCAAGUGGAAGAAAAGGUUGGUAAGGGCAAGACCAGGAAGAAGAAGCGGCACCAGAGUUGUGACUCUAGUGACGGCAAUAGCUCCCCACUGAGCAGUGUGAAGGACCGCCCCCCGACUCCAGAACCACGGUCAUGUGUGAUAGAACCCAGCGACCUCCGCGACGGUCUACGAGUCCUCUACCUCAACGAUGGCCUGUUCUACGAGGGUGCUGUCCGCGACUUACAGCCUCCUGAUGUCUAUGGUGUAUUGACCGCCGGUCAAAGAGGAAGUCGGCCACACAUUCUCAGCCUGGAGGAAAUCCUCAAAGAUGCUGUGAUAGACGUCCGGCCGGGCAGUCUGCGGUACCUGAAGGAGGGCACUCGCGUCUGUGCCUUCUGGAGUCAACAGUUCUCCUGUCUCUACCCGGGCACUGUGGCAAAGACGAGUCCCAACCCUCACAACACAAACUCUGUCAACGUGGAGUUUGACGACGGAGACUCAGGACGUAUCCCCAUCAACCACAUCCGAUUGCUGCCACCAGACUUUCCCAUCAUCGAAUAUGAGCCAGAUCCUUUGGAAAAUUUGAAGUCUGAGAAAAAACGACGUCGUACGGAAUCAGAUGCGUCAGAUGUGAAGAAAGCUGCAGAGGAGAAGAAGAAAUCUGGGAACAAGAGAAAAGUCGAGUCGGACAGCGAUGAGAAAGACGAGGGGGAAGAUGAUGAGGAGGAGGAGGAGGAGGACACAAGCAGUGAGGACUCUGGGAGUGAAGACCUGGGCAAGCCGUGGGUGUGGUGUGGGAAGAGCACCAAACGUCCUGGAAUGAAGGGGAGAGCUCGCAAAGAGUUCUACAAAGCCAUCAGCCGUGGCAAGAUGACGCUGUCUGUGGGUGAUAGUGCUGUCUUCAUCUCUACCACCAAGACAUCGCACCCAUACAUCGGCAAGAUCGUCAGUCUGUGGGAGUCCCACAAUGGCAAGAUGAAGGUGAAGGUCAGCUGGUUCUACCACCCAGAGGAAACCAAGGGAGGCAAGAGGAUCGGGGACCCCAAGAAUGCCCUGUUCGAAUCCCCCCAUGGAGACGAGAAUGAUGUUCAGACGAUAGCCUAUAAGUGUGAGGUCCUCUCUCGGCCUGCCUACAAAAGAUAUGUGGCACAGAGAGCACGCAAGGGGAAGUCACCGCGCAACACAUUCUAUCUGGCCGGUUUCUACGACCCGUCAGUGAACAUUGUUAAGUAUGAGCCUGGGGUGCUCUGAUAUGACAUCUCAUGAAACGCAUGUGAAAAAGUAUAUGACUAAGGAACCUCAGCGUCCCAUGAAUGAGAAGUCAAGAGCUCAUCGCUCCGGUCUACGCAAGGUUGAGGGUGCACAUGGCCCCAUCAGCUCACCCGACACUGAGAGGGGAAGAUGGCCGCCUCUGGGUUGGAGAAAUGUGUUGCUGAGACCCACGUCUACUCAGACGUACGGCAAACUGGCCCCCCCCCCCCCCCCCCCUCCACUCCUCAUUUGCCAGGACAGGGCGGGAUGAAUGUGUCGGGGAGCUUGCCCUCAACCAGACGUUUUUCAUGUGCAUUUUUUUAGAGGUUUUUCUUUCUUCCUCUCGUUUUUGUGUUAAUUUGCUUGGCUUUUCAGCAAUUGUACAGCUUAGAGUUUUAGCCAAUCAUAAUCAGACCUGUUCUUGUUAUCAGUCUUACUUCCAUCAUCUCAUAAAGUUUUACACCUAUAAUGCUGAACACAAAUUGAUGGAUUGUAUACAUUUUGUUAUUUUACACUGGUUCGAUCAUGAAUUGUUUACACAACGUGUGAUUUUUUCCUCAUUGUUUCUGUGCCUCUGGAAUUUUAUUUCAUUUUAUUUUUACUUGUUUUGUUGGGUGAAAGAAAGGGCAGGUGACAUCAUGUGAUUUUACCUUUUACCUGUUAUAUGUGUACAUCAGAAGUGUGAGCUGAAAUCAUUUGUGAGACAGCAAUUGACCUUUGAUGACAGAUAAUGACAUGACCCUUGACCUGUGUGUCUUAUUGCAGUCACCUUGAAUGUCUCAUGUCUUGCUUUAAUUUUGUUUGCAAAGUUUUCUAUUCCAUCACUUGUGUUUUCUCAAAGAUGACAGUAUUUUUUUCAAACAUCCAUUACAAAUAUUUUUAAGGACGUGCUUGCUAUAACAAUAUUAUAUCUAUCUCUUUGCUGUUUUGUGAGAUUAUAUUUUCUGUAUCCAAGCACACUGUAUUAAUGCUUCACUGGACCAAAUGGUGUUGAGUACGCUGUGAAACACAAGCCAAAUCCAACACUGAAACUGGUGUGUAGCGUCACAUACGAGUCUUCUUCUAGCGGACACGCCUGUUUGCCCACGUAGCAUGUAUGUGAACACACCGGUUAACUUGCAGAGAGCAUGUGUAUGAUGUAAAAGUAAACAUACCUGUUAGCUCAUCUUAGGGUGUGAGAUGUUAAUGUGACAAUACCAGUCCUUGCAAAGAACACACGUGGUGUCGUGUCAAUGUGCACACAUCUUUUCACACUAGAGAGCAUAUGUGAUAUCAGAAUGAACUUCAUGUUCUUAUGAAGACACCUGUUCACCCAAACAGCGCAUUGUGAAAUUAUUAAAACUGUUAAAUGAUAACCUUGUGACUGACUGUCAGUGUCUGCAACCCUUCUAGAUUUCUGAAAUAAGAACUCUCAUUCACUUUUUCAUCACACUAGGAGCUGUUUAUAUCCGUUUGUCCGCCAUCUUUGUCAGUAUGAUUUCCUUACAGGAGCUUUGUUGGGGAUGGAAUGGAGGAGGUAAAACUUGAUGCCAUAUUUGUUGAUCUUUGUUUAUCUUUUUUUCGUUCAUGUCCAGUGACAGUUACUUUCAGUUUAGCAGGCUAGUUGCGGAGAUCUGUUUUCUGCAGCACGCAAUGUAUGCUUCCCAGCAAGUGGAGAAUGUUUCUGAGUGUUGUAGGGUUUGUUGGAGUAAUAAUGGUUGUAAAGCACAUAGAGCAUGCUGUAGAACUUGGAUAUGAGCUACAUAAACGCAACUAUUAUUAUUGUUUCUAUUUAUAUUAUUAUGAUGAUGAUGAUGAUGAUGAUUAUUAUUAUUAUUAAUCACCCUUUUCAGUUAGUUGGUCCAGCAGUUACCUCCCUGUCAUGUGUUUCCCAGCUCCACACCUUACAGCAUGAUUUACAGGUCACUUUUUUGUAUUGUGGAAAAUUGACUAGUAGGAGUGUGUGAAAUCUGCCAGCUAUUUAUCAGAAGAGAAUAUAUAAAUGAUAGUCAGUUCUUUCAAUGUCUUGUAAAAGAAAUAAUUUUGUGGAGUUUGAAAGCCACAUGCAUCUAGAUUCUCAUGUUACUACUGUUACUCAUUUAUGCACACACACUCUCACACUUAUACACCCAAAUGUACACACACUCUUAUAUACACAUACACACCUAUAUGCUCACACACACUCAU